AUGGCACAAUCUAUAGAUUCAGGCGCACAGAUGAUGAAGGAGGGCUAUUUGAAAACUUCACAUGACAAAGAAAGAAGGUGGUCAAAGCUCAGGGGUACCCUGAAGAGGAUCUUGAAAGUCGUGAUAGCGUACCCGAGAAAACAUGCACCACACCAUCAGAAGCGCCGCUUCACAUUUUUUCGAAAAUGUCUAGACGAACCUAUCAGGACUCAGCCCGAAGACCCUUUGACGUGUGACGGUAGCUCCGGGCUUGAGACUAUUUCUACAGACACCGGUGACAAGCCUUCGCAUAAGAGUAAGUCAUAUAGAAUACUCGAAAAGUUACUUGACACAAAUAUCUGGGUUAAAGGUCUGGCUGGAACAAAGGAGAAACUCUUCGGGCUUAAAGUCGACACUGGGGCUGACAAGAAUUUGGUCAUUGAGGAGAUUACGGAAAAAGCAUGUGCCACCUUGGGAGUUGAGCCACAGCUGUUGAAGGAAGCGCUGCCAUUCCGACUUCCAAAUGGGCAGCUGACGUGGGCGCGAAGAUACAUCAAAUUGCAUUGGAUGAGAGAUGGAUUGAGCGACAAAUACGAGUGGCCAAUGUCGACCUUUUAUAUCCUGCCGGCACAGGCUCCUGGCAAUCCAGCGCCGUUUGAAUUUCUGAUUGGACGUGAGGGCAUAUCAGAGCUGGUGGAUGUUCUUGGAAGAGAGGGCAUACGGGAGCUGUUACAAAUCAUCGGACUUGAGGAUGUAGCACAGCCACCGGAUAUCCUGGGUAGAAUCGAGCGCAUAUCACGGAAUUUCGGUGGAAUCGACAGUUUAUUGCGACGGUUCGAGGCCUACGAGGGUCCUGAAAAUUCAACCUCGAGCAAUGCAUGA